CUGUGAUGUCGGAAACAGAGAGCACAAGUACAACAGAGUACAACUUUGGACUGCUGUGACAAUCAUAACGCUUAGUAUUGGACUGUGGUUUUGUUCCCAAAAACGUGCCUUAUGACCUUGGAUCCCAGCUCCUCCCGCAAGUCCAAAUUGGGAGUUGAUCUAACGAAUUUAAGCUUCCUCUUCGAAGCUCUUCGAUCGUGUCUCUCCAUCUUAUUUUGCCACCAUCAUCACCCAGAAAUCCUCCCCAUGUCUGAAGAUACUACUCCCUCGAGAAUCCGGACUCAUAUACUGUGUUUCGACGGAACUGCGAGCGAAUAUGACUCGGAGAACACCAAUGUCGUCAAGUUUUUCGCUCUUGUAGAGAAGGAUAAUUGCGAUGAUCAACUGUGCUACUACCAGGCAGGAAUCGGUACUUUCUUCGCCCCUGGAGUGGUUUCUCCCUUGUUUCAAUGGUGUGCUAAAGUCCUCGAUGAAGCAUUCGCAUGGUACUUGGACGCACACGUCAUGGAUGGAUAUAGAUUUUUAAUGCAGAACUUCCGCACAGGAGACAAGAUUUGUCUCUUCGGUUUCUCUCGCGGAGCAUAUACUGCCCGUGCGUUGGCCGGUAUGCUGUAUAAGGUGGGUCUUUUGCCCCGGGAUAACCAAGAGCAAAUUGUAUUCGCAUAUAAGCUCUAUACUCGUACGGAUAAUGCUGGUAUCAGGUUGAGCGCUGGAUUCAAAAAGACUUAUUGUCAGCCUGUUGAAAUUGAGUUUCUUGGCGUCUGGGAUACAGUGGCGUCUGUGGGUGUAAUUGCCACCAAGACCCUUCCAUUUACUCGUGAUAAUAGUUCUAUUAAAACAUUCCGACAAGCGCUUUCACUUGACGAGCAUCGUGCUCGAUUCAAACCCAAUCUCUUUCAUCGCGAACCUCCGAAUUCAUCAGGCUCUGCAGAAGGCGAAGGUAUAAAGGUCGAAACAGACCCCAAGCCCCCCACCGAUCGCGGAAGUGAGACUGCACCCUCACCCAUGAGCAGAACUCUUUCCGACUAUUUCCGCAGAAAGAAACAAAAUUUCAAGUUCGACAUACCAAAGAUAGCGUCCAGGAUGGACGAACAAACCACGCGUGAAGCUGACGUCUUAGAAGUGUGGUUUGCUGGAUGCCAUAGUGAUAUAGGCGGGGGUUCGGUUUCAAAUUCCACUAAACAAAGCUUGUCGAACAUCAGUUUGAGGUGGAUGGUUCGACAAGUCAUGGAAUCACAAUGUGGAAUCAAGUUCAACGAGAAUGCCUUGACGCAAUUAGAGAUUCGUUCCGAACCUAUGUCAGUGGCACCUCGUCCAUCUACCGGUGACUCGUCAUCGGCACAUAGUGGGAAUAGUCAAGUUUCAUGGAAAGCGUUGGAUACACUUGACUCGCUGCAACCUCUACACGACGCACUUGUACAGAAUCCUGCUUGGUGGUUGUUGGAAAUUCUCCCAAUGAAAGCACGGUAUCAAGAUGCAGAUUGUCGGUGGCACACGACUUAUGCAUGGAACCUUGGUCGUGGACGCCAGAUAUACACCCCCAAGCCUUAUUUUCAUAUGACGGUUAAGUAUAGAUAUGACGACGUGACUCUCGCGUACAAGCCCAAAGCUCGUUGGCAGGAAGGGACUGAAGUUUACAUUGAAUAACUAUGAACAUAUCAUUUAAUAAGUAGUAGAACUACCGGUAUUAAACUAAACAGCCUUAAUUUGAUCUGGAGUCAUGGUGUGUG